AUGCUGAGUAGGUGUUGGAAGCGCCGCGCUUCGCGCCACGCUUUCAGAGAGCGCCCCCGCUCGCUCUCCGCAGCCGGUUGGGCUCAAGCUCCGCGGCGGUUCGGAUUCCCAUACAGCGCCACGAAUCCCAGGCCGCCAUCCGGCCCACCCGCGACCGUGAGCCACCCGAUGGCUCCUUCCCGCUGCGCACUCCGCAAGGGAUUCGCCAAGGCCGCCGCAGCCAGAGACACGGGCAAGGCGGCCAGGCCCGCGCGCCGCGCCUGCUUGCGCCUCGCCCUGCUGGUUGCCGUCGGCCUGCUCGUGGUUUACGCGGCCGCCGCCACCCUGCGGCGGGGCAGGCCGGGCGAGGCCCCGGCCGAGCAGCUGUGGGCCGUGCUGUCGCCGGAGGCCCUCCUGGCCGACCUCGAGGGGAACCAGAUGAACGACGCGUACCUGCGCGCGGCCGAGUGGGGGCCGGGCGAGGGCCCCGGCUACGCGCCCCUCAAGAUGCGCGAGGUGAAGGCGCGGGGCGUGGCCGGGCACGCCCACGUGUUCGGCUGGCACGCCACCAGCCGCACCAUGUGCGGCCCCGCCAGGGCGACGACGGUGCUGCACAUGGAGGCCGUGGUCGAGGGCGUGGACCCGGUGUUCGUGCAGGAGGUGCUGAUGAGCCCAGACUACGGGCUGGACUGGAACCCGGGCAUUAAGGACGUGCUGCUGCGCAAGGACCGCUUCGCUCCCGCGGUCCAGGGCAUCCCCGAGGCCUUCUACCCCGGCGAGGGGAGGGCCGCGCCGCUGGAGGCCGCCGCCAAGGAGCCCUCAUCGUUCCACAUCCUGGGCCAGGUCACGGAGAUCCCCCUGCCGGGGCCCAUUGAGCUCACGUAUGGCAGACGCUUCACUGCCGACUGGGCUGCGCACCGUUUCGAGUGCGACACGAAGAGGGGCUACACGGUCGCGACCUCUUCGAACACCAGCCAGCUCGCCUUGGAGGCGGGCGUGCAAACGGGACAGGAUCUGUGCCACUCCAGUGUGCUGAUCGCCCCGUGGCAAGGCACGGCAGGACACAAUGGGACCGUUGUGCAUUUCAUAUCGCACGUCGAUCCUCACGCCCCGACCAGGGCGAUCCUCCCCUUCAUCCUGAAGGGCACGCAGGUGACGCUGACAGCAAUGCUGAAAAGCGUGGGCAUGAAGGCACGGGAUAUUCAGCGGAAGGGCUCCCAUCCACAGAUCCAUUGUUGA